AAAGAAUCAAAGAUGUUUAAUUUUUAAUUACGUUUUGAGUUUUGCGGUGGUACUUGUUUCCUCUGCAUUCAGUCACCCGAAACCGGAUAACACCGACUACUCUUCCUCUUCUUCUUCUUCUUCUUCAUAUGUAACCCUAAUUCAACACACUGAUUUUUAUUGUUGUUUUUUUUUUACUUCAAUCGUUUGUCUUCGUCAUCAAUCUCUCUUUCUAGGGUUUGCUUCUCAGUUUUCCUACUGUUCUACACCGCAAUGAGGUUGAAGUUUCAGUUUCAUGCUUCGAAUUGUUAGUUUGGUCAUGGAAGAAACACAUAGGUGGCCGGAGAUUGAUACAACAUCUUUCCGUAAACUCGUAUACUUUUGAUUUGGAUUGUGUAUUUGAAUGGCGGCAGAUCAGCUGAACAAGCGAUAUAAGGUAAGCAAUGCCGUUCAUAAUCAUCACACGUCUUGGGAAAUGCAGAAAGUGAAGAGGAAGAAAUUUUCGCAUUACGAGUCAAAUACAAAGUCAAGAAUAUCUCUCGAGUGGGAUGACAAGAAGGAAUGCGUUGUUUCGAAGAAGGAGCAAAUAAGUAUUGCUUCCAGAGAGUUGACUCCAUUUCUUCCUCUUGUUGCAAAUUACCAAAACGUCCUUGGUGAUGUCUUUACAGCCCCAACUGAAUUGUUUGAGCUCAAUAACCUAACCGGUUUGCUAUCUUAUGAGGUAUGGCAAACUCAUUUGACUGUUCAAGAAAGAGAGUUUCUUACCCAGUUUCUUCCAGAAGGAGCUGACCCGCAUAGAAUUGUUCAUGAACUGUUAACCGGGAAUAAUUUCUACUUCGGAAACCCAUUCCCAAAAUGGGGUGCUUCAAUUUGUUCAGGUGAUUAUCAUCCCGAUGCCGUUCUCCGUCAAGAACAGUGUAACAAGGCUAACAAAUUAGCAUAUUAUUCAGAAUUGAAUGAAUACCAUACUAAAAUGAUAGGGAGUUUGCAAUUGUGGAAGGAAAAAUGGGCAAGCUGCACGAAUCCCGAAAAUUUUAUGCAAAAUAUGCCAAGACCCAGAAGAGGCUUUCACAAAAGUGGGCCCUCACAUGACAGCAUCAUACAAUAUGGUCCUCAACACGAUAUAGGUGCAGCAUCCGGUUCUUGUUCAUGGGACGCUGAUGCUAAAUCAUACUAUAGUGAAAGCCCCGAUCUAUCAGUUAGCUAUGGAGAAACUUUAACAAGGGUCUCGGGGAACAAAUGUUAUGAAUCUUCGGGUGGGAGAUCGGUGACGAGACCUAAGAAAGGAGAUAAAUUACGCAAGCUCAAUAUGGAGUACGGUGAUGGUGCCAAAUAUAUGUCAUAUAUCAAGGUUAGCAAGGAGCAACAUGAACGAGUUAAAAGCAGUAUGAAACAAUCUAACACCAGCAUCCAGCCACGAUCACUUAAUAACGUGUUAGGUAAUCUCGAUAGUUUUUGUGUUCAACCGUAUGAAGUGUUCGAGGAAGAAGAGCGACAGAAGCUGCAUGAACAUUGGUUGCAUCUGGCAAAGAAAGAUCUCUGUGUCGGGUUUGAGAACUGGAAAAGUUGGCGAGCUGCAAAGUGGCGAAUAGGAGUCUCGUUGAGGAACGAAAUGGAAGAUAAAUGGAAGCCAAGUGAUGAACCCGUUUUGAAUUUGUAUAAUAAUCGGGAUGACAAGUUCGUAGCUGUUGGUCAGGAUGAAGAGCAAGAGCAAUUAAACAAUGAGCAACACGUUGAAGAACCAAGUGAUGUCCUUCUAAUUGCACCAGAGGAGAACAUCGAACAAAACGGUGAACUAGUUUUCCAGUCAGAAUCAGAUCUUAACACAGAAAAUCACGAAACUACAAACGAGUCGAGCCAACUCUCUGAUCAGAAUCAGCAUCUGCCGCAAAUUUCCAUACCUGACAAUACCCAAGACUUCUGUCACAUAACAAUAAACACCAAUGAUAACGCUAUAACAGGAUCAGAGGCUUUCCCUUCUAGUUUAGUUGAAUACCCCGAAGAUAUCAAUCACACAAACGCCCCUGUGGGUGAACCGUUUCCAACACCUGCUGCCACCACUGAAAUUUGGCCGCCAGUUAGCCUACCAAACGCGUACUAUCAUCUACCUGCAUCCGUAAGCCAAGAUUAUCCUUCUAUCAGCCAAUCAAGUUUUCUCCACAGACGAUCCGAUGUUGGAGAUUCUUUCUACAAUCCUUACGUUAAUCCAGACCGUAACGAAUUACAAUUACAUUCACUUUUUAAAGAUCCUGGGAAUUCUCAUUAUCUAGGAACCGGUCAAUCAUUACCGCUGGAUCAAAACAUGUUUGCAGAUGGUGGGGACCGUUACUUGAUUCCGAGGCAUGAACACUUGUUGCCGCUCAACCAGGUUCAAGAUUGGUCAACGAACAGUGUUGUUAACGUGGCGAUGUCAGCACCAUCUCAUCAUCAUCAUCAUCGUCUAGGUCAAAACUGGUUUUCCGAGGGUGAGGGGGCGCGUGACGGGUGGGUAGGCGGUGUAGUACCGAGUCAUGACAUCAGGAAUGGUGGUCAGGUGGUGGACGAGAGUCUAUUUAGUGUUUUAUCCGGGUUGCGUUCGGGUGUCCACUACGGUUCAACGGAGUUUAUUCAGCCAGGGAGCUAUAUCGGGGUGGGGCGUGAACCGGUUUUGCCUACAACCACCAACGGUAGAGGGUCGAGUGUCAAUUACAUGAGUGGGAAUGAAGGCGAGUUAGGAUGGAUGAACAUGUGAGGUGGAAUGAUAAAGAUUAGGAUGUAGUUUUUUACUUUUUAGAUGGUAGAGAUAUAGAAAGGACAUAAUCAGUAUAUCUGAUGUUUUUGCAGGGUUGAAAUGCUUCUUUUAUUUGUUUUUUUUUUUUUUUAGUUUUUGAAUUUUGAUCAAGGCAGGUAAAGGGUUAUGUUAAAGAUAAAUGGAUGCAUAAAGUUGCAAGUGCCAUAUCACCUUUGUGUAUGACAUUCCCUCCAACUAUUGUAUUGUUGCUAUUUCAUAAAAUAUUAAAAUAAAAGGGGGGAUUUUGUUCAAAA